GUUAGAUCGUCUUUUGUUUCAAAGCAGGAAGAAGAAAGAAGAAAAAGUCAAAGACGAUACACACAACAAUGGCGUCAUCCUCAUCCUCCUCCUCUUACCUCCUCCUCCUCCUCGCGAUCAUAAUCUCUUCCCUUUCAAUCUCCGGCAUCGCCGCUCGCCCUUGCAAAACCUUCCUCAUCUCCUCCUACUCCCUCUCAAUAACCCCCAACCUCGAAUCAUCAUCCCAACCCGAUCUCUCCUCAACCCGACUCGUCACCGUCUUCACGAUCCGCCGUCUCUACCCCGUCCCCUUCUUCGUCGAUCGCCGCCACGGACUCCUCCCUUCCUUUGCCGCCGCCGCCGAGAAGCCUCGGAUCCGAGAGGAUCAUCCUCGGAUACCCUUCUCCGAGAACGUCAAGGACCGCACCAGAGACAUCCUCAGCGUCGUGGCGGCUCUCUUGUUCAGCGCCGGUUGCGGUGCCCUCACCGCGGCUACCAUGUACCUCGCCUGGGCUUUCGUCGUGGACCGUCGCGGCGGAUACGAUUUCGAGGAGGAGGAUGAUUACGAGAACGAGGAGUCGGAUGCGGCUAGCUUGAAGAAGUUGGGUUACGUCAAGAUCCAAGAUCCAGCUCCUGUGAAGGAAGCUGCUUAAUUCUAGAUUGUUAUUAUCAUCAUGAGUGUCUCUCGCGUUUAUGUUAUUGUCUACUUAUGUUUAUGGAUCUAUCUAAACCUAAUUAUUACUGAAGUACUAGUGUUUACCGUUUGUGUAGUGCAUGUUUAAAGUUUUAAAGUGUUAGUUGUGUCUGCAGAUAUUAUCUUGAUACCAAUGUGUCUCGUUUAAGACCGGAUACUUUAUGGUUUGUUCAUGUAUACCAAUGUUGCUUGUUUA